UGUCGUCCAAAAUAUGACAAAAAAGUCAUAGUAUACUAUGUCGUUUGAAUAAAUAAUUUUCAUGCUCUUCCACAACUCCAUUAAACUUCUCCCAUUUGUUUCUCACUUUUUUGUCAAACAGCACACAGAGGGCUUUAAGAAGAGAUGGUUCACAAUGGAUGACAGGAGGGUCAUGUACUUCAAAGAUCCACUGGAUGCCUAUGCACGAGGCGAGGUGUUUAUUGGCAGUAAGGAAAACAGCUACACUGUGCUUUCUGGCCUCCCCCCAAACAUUCAGGGCUACCAUUGGCAGUUUGGAAUUACUAUAGUGACCCCAGACAGGAAGUUUCUAUUUACAUGUGAGACUGAAGAGGAUCAGAAAGACUGGAUUGCUGCAUUUCAAACUGUAAUCAACAGACCAAUGUUGCCUCAGGAAUAUGCAGUGGAGGCCUAUUUUAAGCACAAACCAUGACUGUCUUAGUGUUUGAUGACCUGUUGGUGCGGGACGAGGAGCAGGCACUGGAGCUGGAGAAAACGAAGAAACUAAGAUACGAACUUUAUGUCAUCAUAGAAGUCUUUAUAAAGACUUAGGCCAGAGAUAUACUUGCUUUAAACUAUGGGUUGGCAUGUGCAUGAUGGCUAUCUUGUGUACCCUUUGUUCGUUUGGAGUGUUUGUUAUGCACAUUCAUAGAAUUAUGCAAUACACUUAUUACCUGUAGGGGCAGUAAGAGAAACAUACUUGCCAUUGUCAAGAUGUGCCUAAUAUAGGGGCCCUGCAUACCAUUUACAAGUGCACCACUGUUGCUUUUUCUGCUGUUGUCUCAGAAUUAACAAUUAAGUAAGCUCUUCAAGUGUUGCUGUAGUUGCCAAGUGUUGUUUAUUAUCUACAUCAUGCAAAUCACACAGCUCUAUAUAGUUUGAGUUCUUUGGUGCCAUCUCGUGGAAUCCUCUUCUAACAUGCGUAGUAAAUAUGAGUGUAUGUGAACAUUUACAUUCACAAUGCAGCCGGUUGUCGACGCGAACACAAGGUUAAAAAGCAAGUAUAUAUCUGGCCUUAAGGGUGUCAGAGCAAGAGACUGAAAGGUGAGACGUUACCAUUCCAACAGUGACUCCUUUACAUGCUAUUCUGCUCAACGUCACCUCCAUCAUGUGCCAGACCCAUUUCUUAGGGCGUCCAAAUCACUUCUAAACUCAUGAAUGUCAGCUUAACUCACUCUUCUUUUACGUGAUGUGACUGAAAUACUUGAAAGAGGUCAGUCAUCCUGACCUGACCUGACCAGAAAUUGUUUGUAGAAUCAGAUUUGCUGCUGCUCAGAUAUCAAAAUUUGUUUUUUUCCUCUGUAAUCAGUAAUGUACGCAUAAAUACUUAAAUUGCUCAGAAACAACUGAAUUAAGUGUACAUUGCAGCAAAGUGUAAAAGCUGAGCCCUUCUGGAGAGGUAAAUGCAGACUAAAACAUUAUGUACGACUCUAAUGAGAAGGAAUAAUGUAUACAUGGUCUGCAGAUAUUCACAUCUAUUUACAAUACAUGUGUACAAUAAUAUUUAAUUCUCAGUGUAUUUAUUUUUUAACAGUCUAAUUUGUUAUAAGCAGCUUGUAAUGUUUAAUAAGUUAUUUUUUUCAUUUUUGUACACUCAAGCAGCUGAAUGUAAACUGCUCUGUGUCAUGUUUAUUAUCACUUUUAAGGAUUGGCUUGCAUUCCCUUUGUCUCUAGUUUUUGUAAAAGUAUUACAAUUGGGAUCCCAUAUAGUAUUUACAUUCAUGUGGUAUAAUUAUUUAUCCAGCAGAGGGAGACAGAGGAAAGGUUCUAAACUUACUACGGCCCCCAUGGAAACCCUUGGAGCUCAUUAACAUCAUGAAACCAGUGACUGAAGGUGUGUGUACAUUAAAUAAUUUGUGUAAGUGCUGAAGAGAAAAGUGUGAAGAUGUUUUUGAGCAGUAUUACGAUGAAGCAACAAUGCCUUUGUUCAAACAUGUAGAGCUAGGAUCAAGCAAACUAUGCUUAAGUGUCACUGAAUCUGUACGACACAUUGUUUUGUCUCACUCUCACUCACUGUGGAGUUGUCUAAGGGGAGAAUGUGUAAGAAAAUUUGAAUUAUGGUCAUUAUUAAAAGGGUAAA